AAAAGAAAGCGGUGUCCCACUCCGAGCCCGAGCUCCUCCAGACGGAUAAGCCCCCACGUGUUCUCCUCUACGCCAUCACCACACCGCACAAGACUCAUAUUAACCCUGUCUCUGCCCGUAGACCCCACACCCUUCUUCCCCGGCCAUAACAACAAAACCCCUGAAAAAUCACCUCCCCCAAAUCCACACGUUCCCCUCCUCACCACCGUGGGGAAAAGAUCCCUCCGCUCCCCAAUGGCUCUCCUCCCCCAAAUCCUCCCCUCCCAGCGCCCCCACCCCCACCUCGCCGCCUCCCGCCACCCUUUCCCCCCCGCCCACGCAUUCCGCACAGCGCCUCGCCUCCACGCCUCUGGCCACCGCCGCCGAGGUCGCCUCGCCGCGUCAGGGCCCGGGUCGUCGCCGUCGCCGUCGCCCGACCAGUACCCGUCCGAGCCCGACGAUGGCCUUGUGGAGCUCCCUCUGUUUCCUCUCCCGCUCGUGCUCUUCCCGGACGCGACCCACGCGCUGCACAUCUUCGAGUUCCGCUACCGUAUCAUGAUGCACACCGUGCUCGACACCGACCUCCGCUUCGGCGUCGUCUUCGCCGGCUCCGACGGCGCCUCCGACGUCGGCUGCGUCGGGGAGGUCGUCAAGCACGAGCGCCUCGCUGACGACCGCUUCUUCCUCAUCUGCAAGGGCCAGGAGCGGUUCCGCGUCGCCCGCAUCGUCCGCAACAAGCCUUACCUCGUCGCCGCCGUGCAGUGGCUCGAGGACCGCCCGCCCGCGGAGACGCCGGCCCCUGGGGAGGACGCCGAGGCGCUCGCCGUCGAGGUCGAGGCGCUCAUGCGCGACGUCAUACGCAUCGCCAACCGCCUCAACGGCAAGCCCGAGAAGGAGGUCGGGGACCUGCGCCGGGGGCUCUUCCCCACCCCAUUCUCCUUCUACGUGGGCAACACCUUCGAGGGCGCGCCCAGGGAGCAGCAGGCGCUGCUCGAGCUUGAGGACACCGCCGCGCGGCUGAGACGGGAGCGGGACACGCUCCGCAACACUCUCAACUACCUUACCGCCGCGUCUGCCGUCAAGGACGUCUUCCCCUCGUCGCCGUCGUCGGGGUGAAGCCUUUCGCCUCUGCCCCAUCUCGCUCGCCGAUAAGGAGUUUGUGGAGGGUAGUGGACUAAACCUUCUUAUUGCUCUUUUUCGCCUUUUUCCUUUCCUUGUAAUUGCAAGGGUAGGCUUUAUUUCAAUGUGGUAGCAUUUUAGCGUGUAAAAGUGUACGUAUAAUUCAGGUGUAUUAACUCAAAAGGAAAAUGCGGAGCUAUGACGAUGAUCAAUGGUAAUGAUAAGCAUUUUGCUCCAUGAAAGCAAUGCAUGCGUAUUUACUCAUUAGUCAGCUCUUGAGUGUAGACUGCCACUUCUCAAUUGGAAUUACGUUGUCUGACAUGAUUGGCUUACCAUAUACAGUAAUUUUAGUUUCAGUUUUCCAAUGAAAAAAGGUACUCCCUCUGAUCCAUAUUAAUUGACACACUUUGCAAAGUUCUACUAAGUGUGCGUCAAAGUGUGUUGUACGAAUACUUUAGCAGGUUUAUUCAUCAUCAGCUGUGUCUGUGUGACCAUACAUAUAUACAUCCAUCUGUUUAGCACUCUCUUCGUUCCAUAAUCUCUACUAUCUAAAAAGAACCGUAAGGUUCCGUUUCCCCUCUUACGUCGUUCGUUUCGUCGAUCCAUUCUCACUUGUUUCGGCCACCUCCACUUGCCACCGAUUUAGUUUUCCAUGUCCCGAUUUUUCCGCCUGCCUCCCUCUCGCCUAACGCACGCACCCUCCUAGUGCUAUCCCCGCGAUCUAGGGCGACGGCAUCGGCGCCCCCGUCCCCUCUCUCUCUCUUUCCCAUCUCGCGUUUCUGUCUCCAAUCUCCCGCCGAACGUCGGACGUAUGUGCUUGCGCCUCCCCAUCACGCGCCGGCGACCACUCGCCAGCGACGACCCGAGGUCACCGACGCGGGGACCCAAGGAUUCGUUGCCGCCGUUCAGAACUACUUCGUCGACGGCGUCAAUGGGGGCUUUGGCCAGAGCUCCUGGCCUUCCGCCGCCGCCGCCGGGUUCGUCCCCCAGGCAUACAUACUGCCGAUCAGGACGCCGUCGGAUCCUCUGUCGCCGGUCCUCUCCUUCCUCUCACAGUUCAUGUAGCCCCUACUUCCUCCCCUGAUUGUCCAGGUUAGUUCCUGAUUUCGAAUUGGUUGUGUAGUUGUGCUGCAGGCACUUCACGGAUGAGAUUUUCUCAUCCUGUUCUCGCCUCCUCAUGUGGUGCCACCUCCUCACGUCGUGCAGCCUCCACACGCGAAGCCACCGAGUCAGGAAUCGGAAGUGCCAGUCUGUGCAUCGUGUUCUCACGCGAAGCCCUAGGUCGUCUUGCUAUCCUGUUGCAAGAAUUCCUACGCACAAUAUUAGUGUUCAUAUCAGUCUGACAUAUUCAUGUGUAUCUUUUCAGUAUCCAAAAUUAAAGAAUUCAAGUGAUA